AUGUGUGGAAGUGAAACUGGGAUAUUUUUAACCAUCUACGGAAAAUCCAGGAAAUCCGGUAGGUUAUUUUUAGAAAAAUCGAACAACGAGGUGAUGUUUGGGGAAAACCAGAGUGACGUAUUUCGUGUUAACACCCAAAGCGUUGGCCCAGUUACUAAAAUCAGGUUGGAGAGGGAGCAGUUAGGAACCUUAUGUUACAAGUGGUACCUGAGAAGAGUUGUUCUGACUGACUUGAACAACACAUCUUGGAUGUUCUUCUUCCAUUGCGACAGAUGGCUUGAGGACAAAUACGGAGACGGACUGAUCAGUGUCAUUCUACCGACCAGCACCAAUCCGGUCGACAUCAAGACGUUGGUGACGUACAACGUAACCAUCUUUACCGGAAACAAGCAAUAUUCAGGAACCUCGGCAAACAUUUUCAUAACUUUGAUGGGGACUUUGGGAACAUCUGGUGAGAGAAAAAUUUCAAACGGGCCGCUAAACAAGGAAAGCGAAACACAAUCAAAAGUGGAAAGUUUAUAUUUGGGAUCGUUGACAAAGAUUCAAAUAAGACAUGAUAACACCGGGAAAAGUCCUGAUUGGUUUUUAGAAAAGGUGGUUGUGGAUGACAACAAGAGUGAGAGAACCUACACAUUCCACUGCCGCCAGUGGCUAGCCACAAACAGGGCCGAUGGAAAGCUGUCGAGAAUUUUGCACCUAGGAAACAAAAUAAUCCCUGACUUCAGUGACGAUGACGAAGAUGAUGGGAGUAGGAAAAAGAAAAAAGAGAGACAGGACGAUGACGAAGAUUGCGAAUUCGAAGUUGUGAUACAAACGGGGGACAAAAUGAACGCCGGCACGUCGGCCAGCGUUUAUGCGAUCUUCUACGCAAGAAGUAUCAACAGCAACCAAAAUAAUAAUAAUAAGACGAAUAAAAGUAAUAAUAAAUACAACAACUACAGCAAUAAUAAUAUGAAUAAUGAUGGCAAACAUAACUUGCACCAAAGUAAAAAUAAAAUACUAGAAAUGCCUCCUUAUAAGAUUGAAUUCAAAGGCGGCAAGUUUAGCAGAGGUCAUUUGGAUGUUUUCAAUAUAAGGAUGAGACGAAGAAUGUUUCCCUUAGAUAGGAUUGUGAUUGGGCAUGAUGGAUCAGGUGUUGGCAGUGGAUGGUUUCUUCAAAAUGUAAAAGUUAGAAGUUUGAGUCACAACAAGAGUCAAAUUUUUAACUGCAACAAAUGGCUUGCCAAAGACGAAGAUGAUGGCUUGAUUGAGAGGACACUUUAUUCCGAAGAUGCUAAAAAGUCGUCCGGAAAUCCAUCAAAUUACAAAGUCGUAAUUAGGACCAGCGAUGUGUUGAACGCAGGAACGGAUGCCAACGUCUUCAUACAACUCUGCGGAUCCAAGAGAGAAACGGCGAGUUUGGAGUUGAAAAAAUCAACAAAAAAUUUGAAUAAAUUUGAAAGAGGAAGCGUGGAUGAGUUUGAGCUGCAGGCUGAUCGUGUUGGAUCCAUAAAAAAAUUGAAAAUCUGGCACGAUGGUUCUGGCGUUGGAAGUGACUGGAACGUACAAGACGUCCAAAUAAUUGCUGUUGAUGAUGAUGAGGAGGAGGAAGAUGAUGAAGAUGAUGACGAUAAUUACCAUAACCAAAACGCAAAAAGACAUCAUUCUAAAAGUCCGAAAAGAAAAAAUGUUUAUAAUUUUCAACUGAACAGAUGGAUAAAAAAAUCAGACGGAGUGGUGGAAAUUAAGGAAGGCUCUAAAAAGAACGAACAACCAAAGGCUAGAUACCGAGUGCAAGUAAGAACGAGUGAUGUGUCGAAUGCGGGCACUGAUGCUAACGUCUUCGUACAACUCUGUGGAUCGCAGAAACAAACUGAAAAAUUGGAACUUAAAAAGUCAGCCAAAAGUAUGAACAAGUUUGAGAGAGGGUGUACAGAUGAGUUUGAUCUACAAGCUGAUCAUGUUGGACCUGCGAAAUACCGAGUGCAAGUAAGAACGAGUGAUGUGUCGAAUGCGGGCACUGAUGCUAACGUCUUCGUACAACUCUGUGGAUCUCAGAAACAAACUGAAAAGUUAGAACUUAAAAAGUCAGCCAAGAACAUGAACAAGUUUGAGAGAGGAUGUGUGGAUGAGUUUGAACUACAUACUGAUCAUGUUGGACCUAUAAAGAGAUUGAAAGUUUGGCACGACGGUUCUGGCGUUGGAAGUGAUUGGCAUGUACAAGAUGUCCAAAUAGUUGUUGAUGAAAAUGAUGACGACGAUGACAACUAUUAUGAUAGAAGAAAGCAAAAAAAUUCAAAACAUCACAAAAAACUUUACAAGUUCGUACUGGACAGAUGGAUAAAAAAAUCUGACGGAGUUGUUGAAGUUAAUGAAGGAGCUUCCCAAAAUGAUAAAAACAAUAAAAAUGGAAAAAACGAUAUACCAAAGGCGAGAUACAGAGUGCAAGUGAGAACGAGUGACGUUUCUAACGCAGGCACGGAUGCCAAUGUUUUCAUACAACUCUGCGGACCUCAGAAAAUGUCGGAAAGUUUGGAAUUGAAAAAAUCAGCAAAAAACAUCAACAAAUUUGAAAGAGGAAGUGUGGAUGAGUUUGAACUGCAGGCUGAUCCUGUUGGACCUAUAAAAAGACUAAAAAUUUGGCACGAUGGAUCUGGUGUUGGCAGUGACUGGCACGUACAAGAUGUUCAGAUAUUGGCUGGUGAGGAUGAGGAAGAACAAGAUGAAGACGACGAUGACUAUUACGACAGAAGAGUAAGAAACCAUUUGAACAACCCGAAGAAGAAACUUUACAAAUUUCUGCUGGACAGAUGGAUCAAGAAAUCAGAUGGAGUUGUUGAAGUCAGUGAGGGCACUUCGCAAACUGAUAACAACAGUAAAAAUAACGCAAAGAAUAGCAAGAAAAAAAAAAUACAAACCAAAUAUAGAAUUCAAGUGAAGACAAGUGAUGUGUCGAAUGCGGGCACGGACGCAAACGUAUUCGUACAACUCUGCGGACCUCAGAAACAAACCGACAGUUUAGAAUUGAAUAAGUCAACGAAGAAUGUGAAUAAAUUCGAAAGAGGAAAUGUGGAUGAGUUUAAAUUAGAAGCUGAAUACGUAGGACCUAUUGAGAAACUCAAAAUAUGGCAGGAUGGUAAGGGCUUCGGAAGUGAUUGGUCAGUUGAUUAUAUCAAGGUUUUCAUGCUGCUGGACAACCACGAUGAUGAUGACGACGACGAUGAUGAUAGCGAUGAUGAUGAUGAUUACCAGCGGCAGAAAGGAAAGAAAAGGAAUGGAAAUAAAAAUAAUGGCCAAAAUGUUGAGGAGGAAUUCACGUUUAAAAUUAAUCGAUGGAUCAAUGAGAAUGACGGAGUGGUGGUUGUUGCCUCGGAGGAAAGUAUGAAGAAAAAGUCCGUGAAAUCUAAUAACAGAACAAAUAAUUAUAAGCAGUACGCAGAUGAUGACGACGAUGAUGAUUAUUACGGUUCUUAUAGGCGUUAUAAAUAA